AUGCCACCGCCCCAAUUCUACGUUUGUAGCAAACUCGACGUUUCUAGCGCAUUAAAUGGGUGUCGACAGUUUCGGAACAGCCGCACGUGACCCACGCGCCGGGCCCUGACCAAUGGCAACGAAGGUCCGGUGGCGCCAAAGUUUCCGCGACCCAGCCAAUCAGAUUGCGCUGCUGAGUGACAUCAUGCAUAUAUUACUAGGCCGUGAGGAGCGCGAUCAUCUUCUGUCAUAAUUUCAUCAACAGCAACAGUUUCGACUUCUCUCACACGCUCUACUCGAUUUUUCUUCUCCAUCUAGAUGCCAAAGAAGAAAGCCAUGCCGGCGCCCGCGUCCAGGACCCCGACUGCACAAGAGACCGCCCUGGAGACGCAGGCGAUCCUCCAGCUUCGCAGUAUCGGGAACGGCUUGGGCUAUCAGCGGCUCAGCGCCAGGGUCGUGACGGCGUUCAGACAAUACCGCUACGUAGUCACAAACAUGCAGAGGCGCAACCGGGUGUACCGUGCCCUCAGUGGCCUCUUGACAUACGGCCUUCGACGCGCUCCCCCGGGUACGUACUACUUGUACAGUAGCGAGCUGCUCAACAUCGUACGUGAUUGCUACCCCUCUGGCGAGGACGUUGCUUGGCUCCUGAACAACAGCAACAACCAGCCCACCCUGGACGUCGAGGUGUCCGAUCUUUUUGACGACAAGCCCUGAACAGCAGGCUCUACCACCAGAUGCCCAUCGUUCUUGGCCUCUGUUUGUUUAGAAGUAUUAGUUUUUCUUAGGUUUUAGACAUGUAGUUUUUUCUUAGGUUUUAGACAUGUAGUAAACACUUUCCCUGCUUUUUUCAUCAUUUCAUACCCCUGCCUAUCCUAUCCUACUCCACUUUGUACAGUAUUCAGCAGAUUAUUUUUAUAAAGGAGAAGUACAAUCUUCAACAUAGUAUUUUUAUAAAGACAACAUAUUACAUGUAUAUCCAUAAUAUGUACAGUGUUCUAAACAAGAUCAUGCUAAAUAACAGGAAAUGGAAAAUAAACAUGAGCACCAUA